CACAAGAUGAGAAAAUUAUAGUUGCAACUAGAUUCCGACGCAUCGACGUCGUUUUCCAUUCUCCUCUCUCCAGUCCGAGGAGUGAUUUUCAUACUGGCGAGAUAUAUUGCAUCCACAGGCCGAACCAUAGCUUUCACCUCAGUUCACUUUGGUAUUUGGUCUACAUCUCUGUUUCGCUGCUUUCGCGGACGUAAUUUGGCGACAUGUCAUCCUCAGCUCCACCGGGCUUUGGAAAGCCCUUAGGGCUUUUAGCAAACGCAGCAAAGCGCAAAGACAGUUUCAUCCAGUUCGCCGCCAUGACUGGGAUACUACUUUUGAGCAUCAGAUCCUUAAGCCAAAAGUACCGUAUCCACGACCUUCAGGAGGACACUUCAGCUCUUAAGCAAGAGCAGCAAAACCUAACCAAUCGAUUGAACCACAUCGAGCGCGGCCUACGCCACGAAGCCUCUCUUGACCCUACUGGCCUCUUUGCUUCUCGCCUUCGCAUUCUGUUCGGCGAGGAAGAUUCCAUGUGAGUUUUUUUUUGCUGAAUGUCCUUGAGGCGAAUUAGGUGCUUUCUUAAUGAUUUUGAAUAAUUUACAUUUACAAAAUGUUUUAGAAGUGCUUGAAAUGCUAGAGAAAGGAACCAAACGUUAGUUGAAUUUAUUGUUUCAGUAAGUCUUAUUGUUGCUAUGUCGCUUAAGAAUUUCUCGUUCUGGUAUAUGUGAAUUUUAUGCGGCAGGAUUUAGGAAUUUGGCUAUGUGCUGUCCUGUCUGUUCGUGA